AUGUUUUCAGUUUUUAACAAUAAAUUAUUGUUAUCUUCCCGUAAAGCACUGAUCAGAUUAUUCACGCGGGCAUUCUCAUUUCGAAGAGCGACAACCACAUUGUAUAGAGAUCCCAAUGUAACUUGUUGCUUAUUGGUAUUUGUAUUAUCAUUUGAAUUACCAUUUAGCUUUAAAGAGCCAGCGGGCUUUGAUUUCACAGAGUUAGAAGAGUUCGAAGAGAUAGAUUUGGUGAUAUUAGAAGUUUUUGAAUUUUCCUCCACGACAACGGGCGGAGGAGGCGAACGGAGGGAAUCACGACGAGCUUCAGCACAGCCUUUACAAAUGAAGCUCUUGUCUGAGCUGAGCAAAAAUUCUGCAUCUGCCGAAAACACAAGAGUCACUGUCUCAAUCAAUAUCGUGUUUUCAUCAUUGCAAAAAAGCAAAUAUAUAAAAGAGUCAAUGUCACAAUAGUUAAGCUGAUAUUAUGAUUAAAAUCGAAGAGCGAAGAAA